AUGGCUGAUGUUUUGCUUAAUGUUGUUAUAGAGGGAGUUCUGAAUAAGUUGAUUUCACUUGUGGCUGAAGAGAUCAACACAGUGUGGGGUGUCAAGGAAGAUCUUGAAAGUUUAGCUCGAAAUCUGGAGAUGAUUCAGGCUUUGCUUGUUGAUGCUGAAUGCAAGCAUAACAGUAGCAACGCCGUUGAUCUUUGGCUUAGAAGGCUCCAGGAUGUGUCGUCCGAGGCUGAGUACUUGCUGGACAAGUUUGCAUAUGAAGUUCUUCGCAACAAGUUGAAGAAGCGCAAGCAAGACCAGGUUCGUAUCUUCUUUUCUGGUUCUAAUCCGCUCGCAUUCCGUUUCAAAUUUGCUCACAAGAUUAAGAACAUGAACUUGAGUAUAAAGAAAGUUUAUCAGGAAGCGAAAAGGCUUGGACUUAGCCCUGUCGAGAUAGGUAACAUGUCUAACAAUCCUAGAAGUGAUCGAUCUAGUACUACUGAUCCUUUUGUUGAUGAUUCCAGUAUUGUGGGAAGGAGUGAGGAAGUGAACAAGGUUGUAAACUUGUUAACUUCUUCAGAGAAGGAUGGUAAUAACUUAUCAGUUAUUGGUAUAGUUGGGAUGGCUGGUUUGGGCAAGACAACGAUUGCUCAGCUAGUCUACCAAAAUGAAAAGGUGCUGAGGCAUUUUGAUCAGAAAUUGUGGAUCCACGUGUCAGAAGAUUUCGAUGUUGAAAGACUCUUAAAUAAGAUGGUAGAGUCUCUUACAGGAACCAACCCUAAUCUGACAGUUGCAGAGGCAAUUGUGGGAAAGCUUAACGAGGUACUUAAAAGUAAAAGAUUCUUGCUUGUACUGGAUGAUGUUUGGAAUGAAGAUGCAGAGAAAUGGGAUAGAAUGAGGAAGUGUCUGCGAGGGAUAGGUGCAUCGGACGAAAGUAGGAUAAUUGUGACAACUCGAAACCAGACAGUUGUUUCAAUCAUGCAAGCAUCUUUUACCUGUCCAUUGGGAAUACUUUCUGCUGGUGAUAGCUGGGAAUUGUUUGAGAAAAUAGCAUUUGGUCACGGUUGUGCAGCAGUAAAGACUCCUGAAUUGAUAAAUAUAGGAAGAAAAAUUGUUGCUAAGUGCGGUGGUGUGCCAUUGGCAGUAAAGGCAAUAGGAGGUUUGUUGUACUCCAAAAAGGAUGAACGUGAGUGGUCAAAAAUAGAAAAUAGUGAAACCUGGGCUACAAUGGAAGAAGCUGGAAGUAGAGUCAGAUCCGCUAUAAAGUUAAGCUACGAUCAUUUGCCUUCAUUGUCGUUGAAACAAUGUCUUUCAUAUUGUACUAUGAUGACAAAGGGUGACGUUAUACCAGUGGAAAGCAUGAUACAACUUUGGAUGGCACAGGGAUUGCUUAAUCCUUCCACGGGAAGUCACCUGGAAAUGGAGGAUGUUGGCCGUAACUACAUGAGUAUUUUGCUCCGGACUUCUUUGUUGCAAGUUUCCGAGAAGGAUGGGUUUGGAAGAACUAUAAAAUGCACUAUUCACGAUCUUAUGUAUGACUUUGUUAAAGAGGCAGCUAAAGAGUCCAUUUUCUUGGUUCCCGAACUUUUAAAGCCACGAACUUUGAUUUUGAGCGAUGGCCUUGCACAUGAUUUGCCGAACGUUCGUAAAAGCCUUCGAGUCUUACGUGUUGAUGAUGAAGAUGUUAAGGAAUUGCCAACCACGAUUGGAAAGUUGAAGCUUUUAAGAUAUCUUGACAUCUCCAGGACUUCAAUAACAGAGCUCCCAAUUCCCAUCACACGGUUGUACAAUUUGCAAACAAUGAAACUCAGUAAUCUGCAACAGCUUCCCAAAAAUUUUGGACAUUUGGCUAAUCUGAGGCAUUUGGACAUUGGAAAAGAUGGAAUCAUCAACGGCAAGCCAUGUUUGCUUCCUGAUAUAGGACAGUUGAGCUCUCUUCAGACGUUGCCUUUCUUCUAUAAUGUUAGCAACCAUGAGGAAGCAAUCAAAGCAAAAAUUUCCACAAAGAUAAACCUUGAAAGUUUGGAACUUCACUGGGAUACUACGACCAGAGGCGAAUCCACUGAUGAGGAUGUCUUGAAAGGCCUUGAACCUCACCCAAAUUUGAAAGGUUUCACAAUGGAAAACUUUAUGGGCCGAAGCCUUCCAUCGUGGAUGCUGACCACAAGCCAUCCUUUGGUCUUUCGCAAUCUUGUGAAGAUCAUACUGAGGAACUUUAACAAGUGUCAGAAAAUUCCACCACUUUGGCACCUCCCUCACCUCAAUAUUGUCAACAUAAUUGGAAUGAAAAGUAUAAAUUGCAUCAGCACUGAUUUCUUCGGUUGGAAAAAUGUUGAUGAUGCAAGUAGCAAUCCAAGUGGCCUAGCAGGGGAUGCUGUGUGGUUUCAUUUCCGGCACUAA